UACACUCUCCGAGCGGAAUCAUGGUUUUAAGACCUGCCGACAGUUACAGCCAAUAGGAAGAAGUGCUAAAAUGGUACAAUAUGUGGAUUACAGGAUGCGAUGUGUGCUCCAAGAUGGCCGUGUUUUCAUUGGCAUUCUGAAAGCUUUUGACCGACAUAUGAACCUCAUUCUCUGUGACUGUGAUGAAUUCAGAAGGUUGAAGUCAAAGAGCUCCAAGCAAGGUGAGAGAGAAGAAAAACGAGCCCUUGGCCUUGUGUUGCUUCGAGGGGAAACCCUUGUGACGAUGACUGUGGAAGGGCCUCCUGUGAGAGAUAUUGGCAUUUCAAGAGUUCCUAUUGGUGGUCCUGGUGUUGGUAGAGCAGCAGGGAGAGGGAUGCCAGCUAGCAUACCAAUGGCUCAGGUACCUGCAGGACUAAUGGGGCCCAUAAGAGGUGUUGGAGGUCCUUCACAGCAGGAAAUGACCCCUCAGACUAGAGGAACUGGAAUCGUGCCUACUCCUAGCUUUUCUGCUGUCCCACAAUCUUAUGCACCAGUGAGAGGUGCUCCGCCAGUUCUUGGUGAGCCAAGGCCAGUAUCCCGGCAGUGUAAUGUAUCAGUCAAUUUGGCUCAUUCUAGUAGCAGUGAUAUUUCCUUAUCAUCAGCUCUCUUGGCAAACUUGCAAUUGCAUCGUUCCAAAUUCAAAUAG